GGGCCUUACUCUGCCAGCAUUAAGAAGACCGAGAAAGAAAUUAAGGAAUUAGCAAAGAGGGUUAAUGAUUUAUGUGGAAUUAAGGAAUCUGAUACUGGUUUAGCAACACCAAGUCAAUGGGAUUUAGUCUCUGAUAAACAGAUGAUGCAGGAGGAGCAACCUCUUCAGGUUGCAAGAUGUACAAAGAUCAUCAAUCCAAACACAGAAGAUGUGAAAUAUGUGAUAAAUGUCAAGCAAAUAGCGAAGUUUGUGGUUGGACUAGGAGAUAAAGUCUCUCCCACUGACAUUGAAGAAGGGAUGCGAGUAGGAGUUGACAGGAACAAGUAUCAGAUCCAAAUUCCUUUGCCACCAAAGAUUGAUCCGAGUGUUACAAUGAUGACGGUUGAAGAGAAGCCUGAUGUUACAUACAAUGAUGUAGGUGGAUGCAAGGAGCAAAUUGAGAAGAUGCGAGAAGUUGUAGAACUUCCUGUGCUUCAUCCAGAGAAGUUUGUCAAACUAGGUAUUGAUCCUCCAAAAGGUGUUCUCUGUUACGGGCCCCCAGGAACUGGCAAAACAUUACUAGCUAGAGCAGUAGCUAACAGAACAGAUGCUUGCUUUAUUCGUGUCAUCGGAAGUGAGCUUGUCCAAAAGUAUGUUGGAGAAGGGGCUCGGAUGGUUCGCGAGCUUUUUCAGGUUGUCAAGCAUCUGAGUGAAACUGUUGUGUUCUUAUGAUUUUUACUGCUGAGAAUCUAUCUCUACCAUUUUUCUCACUUCAAUUGUAAGU